AUGGCCUCUAACGAUUAUGAUGCCGAAUCUCUGGCGUCGGCAGACGGAAGUCUGAGAAGUGAAGAUUUGGUCGAUGGAGGAGGUUCUGGCGAGAGUCAUCGCCACGAUUACAUUUUCAAUUCAAAGAAAAGGAAAACGUUGCCAAAGUGGACAAAAAAAGCGAGAAGCUCAGAAGAAGGCUUAGAAAGACUUCAUGAUGAUGGUUAUAGCUGGAGAAAAUAUGGCCAGAAAGACAUAUUGGGAGCCAAAUUCCCCAGGGAUUAUUACAGAUGCAUAUACCGCAACACACAGAACUGUUGGGCAACGAAGCAAGUCCAGAGAUCGGACGAUGAUCCAACGGUUUUUGAAGUGACGUACAUACGAACACACAGUUGCUCACAGGCGAUCGCCUCUAACGAUUAUGAUGUCGUAAUCAGCUACAUGAGAUGGGACAUAAGCAACGAUGAUUUCAUUAGCCAUCUUCGUGCAGCACUCUCCCGGAGACAAAUCUCUGUCCAUGAAGACUUUAAUGUAGUGGGCGCAGCUCCAGAAUGUCGGGUUUUGAUCAUUUUCUUAACUAGCACAUACGUCUCUUCUUACCUCUUAAACACUCUUGAACAACAGCGAAGAAAGUAUCGAGUGGUUUAUCCGAUCUUUUACGGUAUAUCACCAUCUGAUUUGAUCAGUAACGGCAAGGUUUAUGAUAGCUAUUUUCACGAAGAGGAGCGAAAAAAAUGGCAGGCUGCUUUGGAGAGAUUAACUCAGAUGCCUUUCUACACAUUGACAGAUAGGUCCGAAUCUGAACUUAUAGAUGAGAUUGUUAGAGAUGCUUUGAAGGUGGUGUGUUCCAGUGAUAAGGAGGAUAUGAUUGGGAUGGAUGUGCAAGUAGAGCAGAUUUUGUCACUGCUAUGCAUUGAGUCCCCUGAUGUACGGAGCAUAGGUAUAUGGGGUACGGUUGGUAUAGGAAAAACAGCUAUUGCUGAAGAAAUCUUUCGCCGAAUCUCCGUCCAAUAUGAGACUUGUGUCUUCGUUAAGGACCUUCAUGAAGAAGUAGAGGUAAAAGGUCACGAUGCUGUGAGGGAAGAUUUUUUGUCUAAACUCUUGGAGGUAGAACCAGAUCUUGUACGUAUGUCAGACAUUAAAACAAGUUUCUUGAGGAGUAGGCUUCAGCGUAAAAGGGUCCUCGUAAUUCUCGACGAUGUGAAUGAUUUCAGAGAUGUUGAAACUUUUUUGGGGAAGCUUACCUAUUUCGGUCCAGGAAGCAGAGUAAUCACUACAUCUAGAAAUAGACAUGUUUUCGUACCAUGUAAAAUCGAUCAUGUCUACGAGGUCAGGCCAUUAGAUAUUUCAAAGUCUCUACUACUUCUCGAUCGUGGGACAUUUCGGAGUGUUUUAUCACCUGAGUUUUACAGGAGACUGUCACUUGAUCUGGUCAAAUUUUCGAAUGGAAAUCCACAAGUUCUUCAAUUUUGUAGCAGAUCAACCGCAGCAUGGGAUCAGUUAUCAGAACAAGUUCAGAAAAUCCUUCCUAUCUACAUUCCAGGUAUAUUCGAAAGAAGCUGUUGUGGGCUUGAUGAGAACGAAAGAAGUAUAUUUUUGGACAUUGCAUGUUUCUUUAGAAGGAUGGAUAAAGACGACGUUGCAAUGUUGCUUGAUGGUUGUGGUUUCUCUGCACAUGUUGGAUUUAGAAGCCUUGUUGACAAAUCACUGUUAACAAUAUCACACAACAUGGUGGAUAUGCUCAGGUUUCUCCAGGCAACGGGUCGAGAAAUUGUUCGCCAAGAAUCACCUGACAGGCCAGGGGACCGCAGCAGGUUGUGGAACUCCGAAGAUAUCAUGGAUGUAUUUAAAUGCCACGAUGGCACAUCAGCUAUUGAGGGGAUUUUCCUGGACAUGUCGAAGGUGAAAUUCGAUGCAAAUCCCGAUGGAUUCGAGAAAAUGUGUAACCUCAGAUUGUUAAAGAUUUAUUUCUCGGAAGUGGUAGAGAACCAUGGAGUGUCUUUACCUCAGGGUCUUGAAUAUUUGCCAAGCAAGCUAAGGCUUCUUCACUGGGAAUAUUAUCCUUUAAGCUCUUUGCCGCAAAGUUUUGAUCCAAAGAACCUCGUAGAGCUUAACUUACAAAAUAGCUGUGCAAAGAAACUUUGGAAAGGAAAGAAGAACUUAGUAUUGCUUGAGAAACUGGACCUGGAAAACAGCAGACACCUCGUGAAUCUUCCAAUCAGUAUCUGCAAGUUGAAGCAUCUCGAAACGCUGAAUCUGUCAGGCUGCUCAAGUCUUGAGCGGUUUCCAGACUUGUCGAGAAAGAUGAAAUGCUUAAAGUCUCUGGAUCUAAGCAGGACGGCCAUCAAAGAGUUACCUUCCUCCAUUUCAUAUCUGACUGCUCUUGAAGAGCUGAGAUUUGUGGAAUGCAAGAAUCUCGUGAGAUUGCCUGAUAACGCAUGGAGCCUAAGAUUCAAAGUUGAAUUCCGCAAGAUUGAUGCAGAGAAGUUUUCAAAACUGUGGAAUAGAUUUGGAUGGCUCAAGAAAGUUCGGAGGACUCCUUGUUCUCUUGCUGUGCCACCAGUACCCGUGAAGACCAAGAGAACGGACUUUCAUUUUCUAAGCUAUUGCUACACCUGCAACAAGAGUCUUGACCACAAACAAGACAUCUAUUUAUACAGGAUGGAUAAAGACAACGUUGCAAUGUUGCUUGAUGGUUGUAGUUUCUCUGCACAUGUUGGAUUUAGAAGCCUUGUUGACAAAUCACUGUUAACAAUAUCACUCAACAUGGUGGAUAUGCUCAGGUUUCUCCAGGCAAUGGGUCGAGAAAUUGUUCGCCAAGAAUCACCUGAUAGGCCAGGAGACCGCAGCAGGUUGUGGAACUCCGAAGAUAUCAUGGCUGUAUUCAAAGGUGACACUGGCACAUCAGCUAUUGAGGGGAUUUUCCUGGACUUGCCGAAGGUGAAUUUUGAUGCAAAUCCCAAUGUAUUCGAGAAAAUGUGUCACUACAAGAAAACA